GCAAGACGAAUGGUAGAUCCCCUCUCCUACCAGCUCUUCAGCAUCUGGAAUGCAAACAGAUAUCGCCACUGGACUUCAGCAUCAACAAGUUCAUCUCAUCGACCAUGCGAGCGCUCAAAUUCGCGUACAGGUUUUCAUAUGGAUCUGGAAUGACCACGGACAAUGCAAGGGCAUUCAGCAUACAGUUGCUGUUCGACGAACUAUCUGUCAAGGCACAUGUCUUGGAACACCUCACCAUUGAUGGAAUCGACCAGCUUUCCUUCCUGCUCGCAUUCUCUGUUUGUAACAGGUUACGCAAGAUCCAUCUCACUAUGCAAUCCAGCCUCGAUCCAACUGUGUUUAUGAUGUUUGCUUCAUUAAAAUCCCUCACAGAGCUUACCCUGAAUGGUUUCGAUAUGAGUCGCUCAACAUCUUUCAUACACCUGGCUGCACUGAAGUGCCUGUACCUAACUAGCGAUACCAGUUCUCUCAUCCAUUUCUUGAAAUCUGUGCUACUCCCGGAAAUCCAGUCACUAAGAAUCGAUGCAUAUCGGGCGGAGGAUCCUGACGGCAUCCACACUUUAUCAGCAUCAAUGGCAGAUUGCUGCGCGGAAACAUUGUUGCUCCUGGAAAUCAACAAUCAUGCCGUGAAUGGGACAUCAGCUAUGAUACUUGUCGAACCUUUACUCAGAAUGCGACAUCUGCGUUCAGUAAAAAUCGAUGACUGGUCAUCACCGCUAUCAGAUCAGGAACUGCAGCGAUUAGCAGAGGCAUGGCCAAAGCUGUCGGCGAUAGAUCUCACAUACGAUGCCGAUACGCCUCAAGAACCCCAUCUCCAUUCUCUAAUACACUUUACAACGCUCUGCCCAGAUUUGAGGUUGAUUCAUAUUGUCCCGCUCUCGACAGUACCACUUCCAGACCUCGAUCCAUCUCCCAUUCUGUCUCAUGGCCUCCAACUGAUCUCGUUUGACCAUCCAUCAAGAUCUCCGAUCCCCGAUCCUCGUUGGGUGGCGUUGUUUCUGGAUCGUACCUUCCCAAACAUAGACGUGGCCGGAUGUGAGCGGCUGCUUAGGGAAGCAGAUACUGAGAACUGGGAGGAAGCAUCUAAUGAGGACUGGGAGGAAGUUUUGACGCAUUUAUCUGAUUUCCAGCUGGUAAGAAACCAGCAGGAUAUUCGGGCAGGCCGGGCUUGAGUUCGCUUGUGCAGUUUGAAGGGCGUGGAGGAUGGCAC